CAACACCUUCACGUUCUGUGGGCUGGCUGGGUCUUGGCAAAGUUGGGUUGUGAAUGACUGACACAAACACACACGCGCACGCGCAGGAGCUGCCGGCGGAUGAGGUGUUGGCGGCGGUGAAGCGCGAGCUGGCGGGCGUCAGCAAGAAGUGCCUGGCCACUGCGUUGUCGCUGCCCUGGCCGCCGCUGGCUCGCAAGCUGCUGGGGCGCGCGGUGCCGCCGCCGCCGGGCUGGGGCGACUUCCUGCGCGAGGUGGAGGGCGCGGCGGCGGCCAGCGGCCACCCGGGAGACUGGCGCUACAAGGACUUCGACUACGAGUGAGCGAGCGCAUGCUUGACUUGAACGUGCGUGUGAUAUGAUUUGUGUUAACGGACAAGGGGUGGAAACAUGUAUGUGAGAGAGGUGUAUUUCGACACUCGCGUGAGACUUGAGGGCUUGAGGGGAAGCGGUGUGGUGGCGGAGCGGCGGGUACAGAACUGGUGGAGGGCGCUCAUUGGUGGUGGGGGUAGUGAUGGAGAUGUGCUUGGGGCUGGGUGCUUGAAGCAGGGCUGCUGGUGAGUGCGUGCUGGUGGACGGGUGCGUGUCAGCGGCGGCGGGUCAGUGACGUGUGUGUACCGCAGUCAACAUGGGCGGCAUAGCUCGUGCCUCAAGUCGCUGUCUCGCUCUUGGUGUCGUGUGGGAGGAGGACCCUCGUGUUCGUGUAUGCAUGUGUGGGGGGGCGUGUAGUGGGGGCAUGCAAGGUGCACACACGCACGAACAGUUACGGUAGUGGCAGCAGCAGGGCCGGUAGGCGGGCGCACGCUGCUCAAGGCGAGGAAGCAGCAACGAGAGCUGGGAGCCCCAUCCGGAAGGGGUGCAGCCCGCGCUCCCUGACAUGUGCAUGGGCGGAGGAAGGGCCGCUGCACACAUGGUCGGUGAUGGCCUGGAUGGCAAGUGUGCUUGGUGGUUGCUUGCAAGGGCACGUAUUCGUACCGGUAUUGCAUGAUUAUGGACGCAUGUGAUAACGGUUCAAUGGGUUUCACCUCUCCACACCAAAUACGGCCCGCUACCGGUAUACCUUUUUG